ACACCGUGCUCAAAAUUAAGGAUCAACACUUUAAAAUCCCACAUUUAUUUCAUUGCUUCUCGUGUCAUUCGACCAAGCUGCUAAUCUCAAGUGUUAGAAAUUAUUCGUCUUGUAAACCGAUAACUUUUUUGUGUUCACUAAAACAGAGCCAAAGUUUUCAAAUAGAUCGUAUCGAAUGGAAAUGGCCACGAAUUCUCAAGACCACGGCUAUGAUGUCCAGCCCCUGUGUGAGAUAGAACCCCGCCACAUUUGUCCCAUCUGCCUAAUGAUCAUGAAGAACGCAGUGCAGACGAUGUGUGGUCACAGAUUCUGUGAGGCCUGCAUCAAUAAGGUCGUUACCAGGGGAAGUACACUCCUGACGUGCCCUGUAGACAAGACAGUUUCAAGAGUAGACCAGAUAUUUCAGGAUGUUGCAACGAGAAGAGAAAUUUUGUGUCUUCCUAUUCAAUGCCCCAAUAAAUCUGGUGGUUGCUCCUGGGAGGGAGACCUCAUCGACUUAACCGGACACAAGUCCAGCUGUGGGUUGGAACCAGUUACAUGCGCUCAUGGCUGUGGGGCAAGUCUAGUAAGGACUGAGGCUGAUGAGCAUUUGUCCGUGUGUCCAUUCCGUCAGAUGAACUGUUUGUUUUGUAACGAGUGUGUCCAGCAAAGCGCUAUGAUAAGUCAUACGGAGCAGUGCCCUAUGGCCCCAGUUACGUGUUCAUUGUGCGGGGAAGACGACCUGGUUAGAAAAGCGCUGCCUGAGCAUCAAGACAUUGAGACUGGGAACUGUCCAAACGUCGUCGUUCCUUGUCCUUAUAAAUACACUGGAUGCGAGUUCCAAGCUGAACGCAUCAAAAUUCAGGAGCACAUAAAUGAGAGUGGAACUUUGAGCAUUCACAUGGAACUUGUAGCCAAAAAACUUGCUGAACAGUGCAGCGUGGUGCAGGACAUGCAGGAGAAGUUAAACGGUGCGAUCAGACAAACAAGUGAAGCCGUCUCUCUCGUUGUGGCUACACAGAAGAGCCAAACACAGAUGACCAAAGACUUGCGUGAUCGUAACGUUACUGGCAGACUGCACUGGAAGGUCAAGGUUGGUCAUCAGAGGGCUACACGAACCAGCUACUGCAGUCCAACUUUUUAUACCGGAUGUCCAGGAUACAAGGUUCAGUUGACAUUGAACAUGGAUGGUCAGAAAGAUGGUCACGUGAAGUACACCAGCAUUAGUAUGUCACUGCUGCCAGGGGAGUACGAUGAUGACAUGAUCUUUCCCUUCAAUGCCACGUGCUUCGUCACACUCUAUGACCAGGCCAACUCCCCCACCAGACAAGCUAACGUGACCCAUGAUAUUAUUAUGAGAGAAGUCCCUAGAAACUACUCAAGACAUGGGCGCCAGGUAGAGAGGGUCUUUAAAAGAGAGAACAAUAAAUUUGUAAAGCGCCAAGAUCUGCUGGGUCCAGAUUCUAGAUAUCUGAAACAAGGACUCCUCCACAUGGAAGUUUGUGUCAUUCACUCAUUCUACCCCCCGCUUGACUUGGUACCCGCAUCAGCAGCGUGUUUCAAUAGUUUUGUGGGGCACGGCUCGUUUGUGCUACACUCCCCUCAAAGCCCACAGAUGCCAGCUUCGCCUAUGACACCACCUAUUGUGGGUGUGACAAGACUCGCUAUCUCAAACUGAAACCGUCUUGAACAUUAACUUAACAUUUUACUUGGUCAUUUUAUGCAUAUUUUUAAAACCAUUAUUUUGUUGCUAUAAGUAGACAUUUUUUAAAACCAGUGAACACUUUUACACCCUCGCGCUUCGAUUGCAAUGUUUGUUUUCAAUGUUUGUUUUCAAUGUUUGUAUUGCUUCGUAUGUAUCAUUUUGCUGUUGUACAUGUGGAUAUGUUCUUUCAUUUAUGUAUAAAUCUAUUUUUAGUUUCGAUGAAAUAAUUUGAAAGUUUUUAAUCAUUAUCGCACUUUUACAUUAAAUUUUAUUUUACAUGUAUAUAUUUAAGUUACCAUUAUACUAUUUUACCAUUGAUUUUUAGUUUGUUUGCAACUAGAUUAUUUUACUCUCAGUAAUAAACAUUUCCAAAUA